UUGUUCGAGCAGUUUCCUCAUUUAACGUUCAACUUUUGUCAAAUAAACAAGUUCGCUCCGUGCUCAACGAAACCUACGCUCCCGAAGUGAAAUGGCUCGUACCAAGCAAACCGCUCGUAAAUCGACUGGAGGUAAGGCUCCUCGCAAGCAGCUGGCCACCAAGGCUGCUCGUAAAAGUGCCCCGGCCACCGGAGGAGUGAAGAAGCCGCAUCGUUACCGUCCGGGAACGGUGGCCCUCCGAGAAAUCCGUCGCUACCAGAAGUCGACCGAGCUGCUCAUCCGCAAGCUGCCAUUCCAGCGCUUGGUGCGUGAGAUCGCCCAGGACUUCAAGACUGAUCUCCGCUUCCAGAGCUCAGCCGUCAUGGCGCUGCAAGAAGCUAGCGAGGCGUAUCUAGUUGGUCUGUUCGAAGACACGAAUCUGUGCGCCAUCCACGCCAAGCGCGUCACCAUCAUGCCCAAGGACAUCCAGCUGGCCCGUCGCAUCCGCGGAGAGCGUGGAGGAAAGGUAAAGGGAAAGGCAAAGUCCCGUUCCAACCGUGCCGGUCUUCAGUUCCCCGUUGGCCGUAUUCAUCGUCUCCUGCGCAAGGGUAACUAUGCCGAGCGCGUCGGUGCCGGAGCACCCGUGUAUCUGGCAGCCGUCAUGGAAUACUUGGCCGCUGAAGUGCUUGAGUUGGCCGGAAACGCUGCCCGUGACAACAAGAAGACGCGCAUCAUCCCGCGUCAUCUGCAGCUGGCCAUCCGCAACGACGAGGAGUUGAACAAGCUGCUGUCCGGAGUAACCAUCGCUCAGGGUGGUGUGCUGCCCAACAUUCAGGCCGUGCUGCUGCCCAAGAAGACCGAAAAGAAGAGUGCGGCCCUGACGCUUCAGAGCAUACACCACAUCCAUAGCGGUGACGGUCUUACGCUUGGCGUGUUCAGUGUAAGUGACCGCAUCACGAAUCACAUUCUCCAGAAAUACUUUCAGGACGCCACGGGUUUCCUCGUAGAUGAGGCCGGAGAUACGUUUCACUCCUCCGCGCCGAGCCAAACGGCGGAUGGCGGGCUUGGUAAUGCCCUGGAUGUUAUCCCGCAGCACUUUUCGGUGACGCUUGGCUCCUCCUUUACCCAGACCUUUUCCUCCCUUUCCUCUUCCGGUGAUGAUGAGCACAGGAUUAUGAGAGAAAACAAGGGUUGUUCGCUCCGUGCUCAACGAAACCUACGCUCCCGAAGUGAAAUGGCUCGUACCAAGCAAACCGCUCGUAAAUCGACUGGAGGUAAGGCUCCUCGCAAGCAGCUGGCCACCAAGGCUGCUCGUAAAAGUGCCCCGGCCACCGGAGGAGUGAAGAAGCCGCAUCGUUACCGUCCGGGAACGGUGGCCCUCCGAGAAAUCCGUCGCUACCAGAAGUCGACCGAGCUGCUCAUCCGCAAGCUGCCAUUCCAGCGCUUGGUGCGUGAGAUCGCCCAGGACUUCAAGACUGAUCUCCGCUUCCAGAGCUCAGCCGUCAUGGCGCUGCAAGAAGCUAGCGAGGCGUAUCUAGUUGGUCUGUUCGAAGACACGAAUCUGUGCGCCAUCCACGCCAAGCGCGUCACCAUCAUGCCCAAGGACAUCCAGCUGGCCCGUCGCAUCCGCGGAGAACGUGCCUAAAUCGUCCAUGCAUCCGGAAGCGGUCCCUGUCUAAACGGGGCAUUUCCUUCUCAAAACGGUCCUUUUCAGGACCACCAAUACUGUUGAACAUUCCAAGAAUUUUCUUUCGAUUGCUAUUAUGAAAUUGUACAUACCUUCACGUAUGUCGUUUUGUUAUAACGAGGAAAGUGUGAAAAGGGGGAAAAUUUGUUUUAAAUAAUCAAUGUUAUGGGAGGUAUUUUAACUUUUUCUUGUCAAAGUUUCGCUUUUUAAUAGGGCAUCUGAGGAUUUUGACUAUAUUGAUCAA